AUGUCGUCCAAGAGGCACUCCGUCCUCCCCGCCGUCGACCGCAGCGGCCCGAAGCCGCCUGUCAACUUUUCGACGUCGCUUACCAUUUCCGACAAUGCCGUUCUCCAAGGCACACACUCGAUCACGAUGCAGGCAGAGACGGUAGUGCACCCCCGAUCGCGCAUCGAGUCCAGCGUCGGCAGCGUUCUUGUUGGGCGACGAUGUAUCAUCCAAGAGCGAGUGCACCUCGGAGCUCCUUCGGACAACCAAGAUAAGGGCACAGGCGGUGUUAGCCUCGGGGACUACGUGCUUAUUGAAGCGGGUUCAAUCAUCGAAGCUGGAGGUACGGAAAUCGGCGAGGGCAGCAUCAUCCAGGUGGGAAGCAAAAUUGGAAGCGGCGCGAAGAUUGGCAAAAACUGCACAGUAUCGCACUUGUCUGUUAUUGCUAAUGGUGAUGUGCUACCCGACAACACGGUUGUCUAUUCAAAUGGUACACGGCGAACCGACAAACGCGGAACCCCAGAGCUUCGAAAGCUUAGCAUCGUGAAACAGAUUGCUAUGCUGAGAAAGAUGAUCCCAAGUAACCCAGACAAAUUCCGAUAG